AUGCCUGGCCUAGUAGCGAAAGCCAAACCCCUAAUGAGUGGUGAUGCUACAGACCAACUUCCAAUUACAAGCGCAUUUCCCCCGGCGCGGGACCGGCUGAUGCACAUAAUAAACGCCCGCCCCCGGAGACAUCAUAGGGACAAGAUCCGCAUGACAAGUAUUCAGCCCUUUCACAGCUUCGGACUUCGGGUCCCUUUUGCCUCAUGGCAAAUCAUGGGGUACAAUCGCCUUAUCUAUGGAUCGAGCAUAGAAUACCACGUCCCCGUCACACCAUACCCACUAGUUCUGCUCGCCUCAUCACCCGCCGAGCGCUCCCAACAGAGAUGGAACCCCGAAAACCGUAUUUCUUCUACUUUGUCACCAACGGCAGAACUCGAAGUGGCGCCCCCAUCUAUAACAUCCUUAAGGGGGGCACAGCACACACCGGGCUCUACCACACCUCGGGCGUUCACGGCGGAGAUUCGUUGUAGCGAUUUAUGGCACGAAGCGUACUCCAUAAAGGAUGGUUGUUCAUUUGUCCAAUAUGUUGAUGGUCCCGAGUAUCAUAUUAGCUGCCUUGGUUGCGGGCGGGAAUUUGCGAAACGGUAUCUCAGGCAGGCGGAGGACAAGGACUAUGACCUAACGGGCUUGAUGAUACACAGGUACCCUGGUCGAGAUUCGAGACGUACCGCCAUGACUAUGAGGUUCAUGCGAUCAUGCGUUGGAGUCGUUCUCAAACUACAUAUGGUCCCAGUCCGUUGGCAGCCUUGUACUAUAGUCAUAUCAAUAUACCCCUCAUGA